AGAGCUUUGCCUCUGCCUCUCCAAUCCUUUCUUGCGUUGUUCUUUCGAGUGUUGGUGUUGCUCUCCAAUCGGAGGGUGAUAUCUCUUGCUCUUCAUUAGAAAAAGACCAAAAAAAUCGUAAAACUUAGCCCAGUUGUGUUGCUGCUUCUGGCAGAAAACUUGAAGACCGAAGAUGAAUCCGUCAACACCUAACUUUGCUGGUCAGCAAGUGACUCCAGCUUCUCUCUAUGUCGGAGACCUUCAUCCUGAUAUCACAGAAGCUAUGCUCUUCGAAAAGUUCAGUGCCCUGGGACCAGUGCUGUCUAUCCGCGUUUGUCGCGAUGUUGUCACACGCCGUUCUCUCGGGUAUGCCUACGUCAACUUUCAGAAUCCAGCAGACGCCGAAAGGUGCAUGGACUCGUUGAACUUCGAGCCAAUGAAGCACCGUCCAAUGCGCAUAAUGUGGUCACAGCGGGAUCCUGCAGUUCGCCGAUCUGGAGUUGGUAACAUCUUCAUCAAGAACUUGGACAAGGGCAUUGAUAACAAGGCUCUGUUUGACACAUUUAAUGCUUUUGGAGCAAUUAUGUCAUGCAAGGUGGCUACUGACGAUAAGGGCCAGUCCAAGGGAUACGGCUUUGUUCAUUUUGAGACUGAUGAAGCUGCCCAACAAGCUAUUGACAAAGUCAAUGGGAUGCUGCUGAAUGACCGCAAGGUGUUUGUUGGUCGGUUCAUGUCACGCCGUGAACGUCUCGAGAAGCUCGGCACCACACCACAGCAAUUUACCAACAUCUACAUCAAGAACUUCCCAGAUGAGGUCGAUAGUGACGAGAAACUCGAGGCAAUGUUCUCAGAGUUUGGUAAAAUUGUCAGUGCCAAGGUCAUGACUGACAAUAGCGGAAAGUCCCGUGGCUUUGGCUUCUGCAGCUUUGAGCUACCAGCUGAUGCCGAGAAGGCCAGAAAUGAGAUGAACGAGAAAACAGUAGAGGGCAAGACUCUGUAUGUUGGACGUGCCCAGAAGAAGUACGAACGUGAAGCUGAGCUCCGUGCUAAGUUCGCCAAGCUGAAGGAACAGCGUAGCAGAACAUACCAGGGUGUCAACCUUUACAUCAAGAACAUCGAUGACAAUAUUGACGACGAGCGUCUGCAGAAGGAAUUCUCUUCCUAUGGAAGCAUCACCUCUGCCAAGGUCAUGAGAGAUGACAAGGCCCACAGCAAGGGAUUCGGUUUUGUCUGCUUCUCAUCUCCCGAGGAAGCUACUAAGGCUGUGACUGAAAUGAAUGGGCGGAUGAUCGGCACUAAGCCACUUUACGUUGCCCUUGCUCAACGCAAGGAGGACCGAAAGGCUCAGUUAUCUCAACAGUACAUGCAGGUUCGAUCACAGCCAAUGCGCAUGCAGCAGGGUCACCAGAUGCAGAUGUUCCAGGCUCCAAUGUACAUGCCCAUGCCACCAGCAGCGGGUCAGCGUGCUGCCUUCAUCCCGCAAGCUUCUGGCAUGCGCCCUCAGCAAGGUAGAUUCCAGCAGAUGGGACCUCGCAACCAGGGCAUGAUGCCAGCAAGCGGUUUUGGUGGCAACAUGCACAACAGACCAGGUGGCAAUGCCCGUGGCCGUUUCCCUAGCAACAGAUCGGUGCAGGGUCAACCUCAGGGUGGUCAAGCUCAGCCUCCAGCUCGUGGCGCCAAUGUCCCACGUGCUGGUGGGCCAGCUGCUAAAAGCCGGCCAAUGACCUACAAUGCUGCCGGGGCUGCUGCUGGUGCUGCUCCUGCCGGUCGCCCUCAGGGACCAAGUACGGCUUCUGCUCAAGCUGGUGCUGUACCUAAUGCUGCAGCAGCUGCUGCUCCUGCCCCAGCCAAGUCCGACACUGAUAUCCCUCUGGACAUGAAGGCUCUAUCUAGUGCCAACUCUGAUGAGCAGAAGCAGAUCUUAGGAGAGUACCUGUUCCCUCUCAUCUUCAAGGUGCAGCCAGAGCAAGCAGGCAAGAUCACUGGAAUGCUCUUGGAGAUCGACAAUGCUGAGAUUGUGCACAUGAUUGAGUCGCAAGAGUCUCUGCAGGCCAAGAUUGACGAGGCUGUCGAAGUUCUCAAGGCUCACCAGACCAACCCCAAAGAGGCAGCUCAAGCCUAAGGUCAUCGGCAUCAUCAUUCAUCACAUCAUCAAGAAUGACUCACUCAUCGUGUUUUUUAUGCUCUUUUGUGUGAUGUACGUUGUGUGUGGUGUGAUGUGCAUUGAUAUGCUGUUGUACUGUGGUAUUAUCCUCGGUCCGAAAUAAAAAUGCAGACUGA